CUCAGGAUCUUAUCUGCUGAUCUGUUUUCAGGCUCUGUUCAAACGACAAGUGUGCGACUCCUGGUCGUGGUUACAAAACUUGAUGAAUCUUCUCUUUUGCCAUUGACUGGGCGGAAAACAUCAUAUUUAAGUAUAUUCUUUAAAAUUACGAUUUCACUUGUUCAAUCUUGGUUAAAUUGAGGUCGGGUGAUCGAUCGUCUUAGCGCUUUCCGCGCUAAUUAGUUGGUGGCAGUUUAUGCCAUCAAUCCGAAGCUUUAAAGCUUACGGUAUUGCAUGUUUUGAAACUGAAAAUAACGUGACGUGGUGCAAUGGCAUUAUGAAUCUCGUUCGUGUUCUAGUCGACAUUAGUUCCUGCAAUCUCAACUGUCUUCUUGCACUUGGUCCAGGCUCCUGUAGUAGGUUGAUUGUCUCACUUGUACUGAAUUCUAUGGUAGAGGUAAGUUGUAGGUGAGUCAACUAUCAGUAUCUUGCUCUUCUGUUUCUGAUUUAUUAUCGUACGGUACUAGGCACAUCUGAUUCAUUGCUUUUCAUCUCUCUGCGUACCCUCGUACUUAUCCAAACAUGUCGGCUGCUCCCGAAAAUCCGAAGCCGGUCCUCAACGACCUCUGCGGCAAGAAGGUACUACCAGGCUCCGAAGUUGUGUCCUCAAGCAUGCUCCUCUAGAAGUUCCAGCAUAAGUCGGAUGAAAACGUUUUUUUCUGCAGGGAGGUCGGUGCCCUGUGGAGGCGAUCUGAUUGAUUGACUUAUUGAUUGAUUGAUUGAUUGUAUACACAAAAAUUCAAAUUUUUGAUUCUUCAAUACUACAACUAAGUAUGAAAAUAGAUUCAAAAUCUAUGAAGAAAUUUGAAAUAAAAAACUCAAGGUCAUUGUCAAGCUGAAGUGGGGAAUGGAAUACCAGGGUAUGUUGAAGAGCACUGACGCUUUUAUGAACCUUCAUCUUUACGAGAGUGAGGAGUACGUCAAUGGCAAAUUCAAGGACAAGAUCGGAGAGGUACCUACUGUUAAGGUUUUUUUUUGUAACAAGAAGGAUGAGUUUAUUUUAGACAGUAUUGUUUAUACAGUUUUGUUUUUUUUUCUAGUGGGAUGACGAUGGACUGCUAGUACAUGUGUAGUUAUCUACUUUUUUACCGAGAUGAUGAACAAAAUGGUUAGGUAGAAGAUGGAUUGGUUAAAGAAUUCUCAUGUUGCAUUCUUUCUUGCUGAAAUCCCGUCUGUAACUUUUUUCUCAUUUUUUCUUCCCCAAAUUUCUGCAGAUGCUGAUCCGGUGCAACAACGUUCUGUACAUAAGAGGCGCCCAGGACGACGACGCCGAGAUGGACGGGUGA